UAGGAAAGCAAACAAAUUUCAGGCCCGCCGCGUCUAGCAAAAAUAUGAGAAAAAAAUUAUUAAAAAUUCGGAAAAUAGUUCAAAGUCAAGAAAAACACAGCAAAGGGGAUGCUGAAGCGCCCAGGGGGGGUCGUUUUGCAAAUGACAGCAAACGCAAGUUGACUUCUGCAAGCUCCUUAAAAGUUUCCAAGCAAGUCCUUUGCACGUUUAUAAAUCCGGACCAUGUUGAGGACCCCAAAACUGGAUAAGGUGCCAUGGCCACAGGAACCCAGGGCCACCUUGACCAAGGUGCGGAGAACGCAAAGCUCGCGCCACCCAUGGGGAGGCGCAGAAGAGCCGAGGGAAAGCCGAAAAGGAAUUUCCCUUGCCAGGACUGCCAGAAAGCUUUCAACAGUCUGGAGAAGCUGAAGGUGCAUUCUUACUCUCACACCGGCGAGAGACCCUACUGCUGCUCCCAGGCUGGCUGCACCAAGGCUUUUGUCUCCAAGUACAAGUUGCUAAGGUACAGAUUAAAAAAAGGUCCAUUUGCUAACGAUCCUUCAUGUCGUGAUUUCCUUAAAACGUCACGGUCACAAGUGCUCACAGACGGUGUCUCUUUCCCAAGGCAUAUGGCGACCCACUCGCCCGAAAAAACCCACAAGUGUUCAUACUGUGAAAAAAUGUUUCACCGCAAGGAUCACUUAAAGAACCACCUGCACAUCCACGACCCGUAUAAGGAGGCGUUUGCCUGUCAGGAGUGCGGGAAGAGCUACAACACCAAGCUGGGUUUCAAGCGCCACCUUGCCCUCCACGCUGCCAAUAGCGGAGAUCUCACCUGCCAAGUGUGCCUGCAGCCAUUCCCGAGUACCGGAGUGCUUCUGGAACAUCUCAAAAGUCAUGCGGGCAAGUCCUCGGGUGGGGCCAAAGAGAAAAAGCAUCACUGCGAGCACUGCGAGCGGCAGUUUUAUACCCGUAAAGACGUCCGGCGUCACAUGGUGGUCCACACGGGACGUAAGGACUUCCUGUGCCAAUACUGCGCUCAGCGGUUCGGGAGGAAGGACCACCUGACGCGUCAUGUUAAGAAGAGUCACCCUCAGGAACUGCUGAGGGUGAAAACUGAGCCCGCUGAUUCGCUGGAGCCUAUUGUCUAUGACCUGGUAUCCGGGGGCGUGAAGGGAGAACUCCCGGACACGCUGACGACAAUGCAGCACCAGCACAACUUUUAUACCGGCCCCAUCCUGGACUCGGAGCCUUUCCCCAACGCUGCGCACCUGCUCUCUUUAAAAUACCCGUUGGGCUCCAACAUUACCUCAUGUACUGUCUCCUCACAGGAACGGGAGCAGAAUCUAAAGGGAGAACUGGAGAGCUAUCUACUGGAGCUACAGAGCGCCAUGCCCUCCUCGUCCUCUGCGGCACCAGAUCCGCAACUCCCUAUCUGCAAACUUGAGACGGGCAAUCGCGCGGACAUGCUGGAAGAAUCAAGCGAGGAAAGGUCCUUGUCCAAAAUCGCCACAUCGGUGGCAACAGCUGCUUUGGCAAGCGACUCCCUCGCCUCGUCCUCCUCCCUGAUGGACUUCUCGCAGUUUUUCAACUUCUUGCCGCUGCACGGCCCCCUCUACAACCACGCAGGGGCCGGCGAGGGGCAGCACACACUGACCGAAGAGAACGUACAUCUCCACCUGCCCCCCGAGCCCUCCGGAGGCCCCGAAGCUACGCAGAGUCCACUUGAAAGCCAAGCCUCCUUUAUUUGCAACUUGAGCACACCCACCACGUUGCCACGCUUCCAUCAGGCUUUUCAGUGAUCCGGCGAGGUUUGAGCACGACACACACACACACACACACACACCGCAUACUCUCACGUACCGAGCAGUACGACCAUCGCGGCGGACACUUUGCAGACGCACCGGCAAUCUGGGAAAAUCCGCGGCGUAGGGAGACCAUCUAGUUUUGCCACUCCCGUUUGCUUUAAACACAUUCAAACUCAUUUAGAUGCAUUUACAUUUUUUAAAAAACACAGUAUUCUACAUCUUCUAAGUGCCUGUUCUCACUCUCUUGCCGUCAAAAAAUGGGACGCUAUCGUAUAACGUGACUUUCAUGACUCGCUCUGUCUCCAACCUGGAGGCAAAGCGUACUUGCUUCAAGCUGUUUCUUUGUCGCUCUCAGUUGAAGUGUACUGUAAAACCGAUUACGAUUCCCACGUAGUUUCCAAUAUUUCUGGCUCCAGGAGACGCAUCCCCGGACUAUCUUUUGGAGAACACGCCCGACUCCUUCAAAGAAGUACGUGACUCCAGUGUGGCCGCGUUGAUAUUUUCCCUCCGAAACCGAACCCAACCCUAAUCCUGAUCUUCACACAUCCUGAACCGCCUUAACCCAUUCAUGGGCAGGGUGGCAAUUUUUUGCCUUAUUGCGAUAAAAGUCUCCGAGCAGGCUACAAUCAAAUAAAUAACACUUCUUUUUCGUUUAUGGUUAAGUUAUAUGAUACCUCCAAAAAUGGGACGCUGCCCGCGAGAGGGUACUUGGGUUUUCUUAGUAGAUCGUCCCAAAAACCAGAAUCAGAAUCAGAUUAAAACACUUCAAUAUUUUCAUAUACCGAAGGAUAUAAUGCGUGAAAAUCAUGAUGUCCCCAAAAUGGGACGCUACCCACGAAUGGGUUUUUUUUUUUUAACCCAAAACCUAACCACAAGAAAAAAACGUUUUGGGUUUUUGUUUCAUCAUUUUGUUUUUGGUCAUCUCGCUCCAUCCAUCAGUCCGCCCUUUGCGUCGCGUCAUAUUACAGCAGAGCGUGUCCCGCCUGGAAACUAUGUGGGAAUGCUAAUGCUGAUGCUAAUGCUAGACUGAAACAUGAAACAAAAAGCACCCCUCGUCAUGCCGUGGGAAAACGCUGCGACUACACGGUGAGCUAGCCGGAUAUAUUUUUGUUAUUCGAGCACGUGUAGCGGACACACCCAAACUCUAAAACUUUUAAAACAGCCUGCACUUUAACCCGCGCAGCAGCAGCACACGUAAACAGCGUGUAACAUUACUCGUGGAUAUUUUUUCCAUUCUUCUCUGUGGAAACUACCACUAUUGCAGGAGUUUAGUUGGGGACCUUCUCUGCCUCCUCUUGUUAUUGCGGUUGUUUAUCUCUUUUUCUGUUUUUACUGCGUCUCUUCAGGCAAACCUCAAUGCUACUUCCUGCCUGGCACGCUGCAGCGAUACUGAAGGCACGCGGCUGUCAUCUCGCAUUAGAGCGUUAGCAUUUCGUUAGCAGGGUGUUGCUAUCACAUGGUUUGGUCGACCGUUCGCUAGUUUCAUAAAAAAAAAAAUAAAAAAUUCUGAAACUCUCUUUUGAGUUGGGUCAAUUUAACGGUAAAACUUCGACUGAUUGCUUCACGGCAAAACAACUUGAAGCAAGCGAUAAAAAAAAAACUGAUUAUGAUCAGUAAAAAAAAUAAACAAUCUGUGAUGCGGCGGCGUUGCAAGAGAUAAACUGCGAUUCAGCUGUGGACACAAAGCAUAUAAUUCGGUAAACAAAUCACGAUUUGGAGCUGGGAAUUAUCGUGAGUCCGUAAGCAUUUUAAUAAUAUGUUGACAAAUUAUUCCCACGAGCAAGCAUUGCUAGUAAUUUACUUUUUUUUUUUUUUUUUUUGCAAGAAUGUGAGUACGAGGUUUCGGGGUUUCACCGCUGGUUUUGUUUUCACUCAGUUGGAGCACUGUCAUUAUUUUUCCACCAUCGUUAGCAAAGCCUUGUGUCAAGAGUGCAAUAAUGUUUCGCUGAAAUUAAUUAACAUAAAUGUCUGUCGUUAAUUCAAUCCAGCAGCAUGAGCGUCAGUCUCACACACAGCUAUGUAAACAAAAAACAACUACAGUACUAUCACAUUCUGAUUUUACCAUUUUGCCUUUUUGGGAUGUGAAUAUUUUUCAAAAAAAAAAAAAUACAUACAUGAGUAAUUGCUAAGUUUUAUUCUUUAAUCUCUCACUUGGGCGUUCUUUGUACACCUUUUUUUCGCUUCCUUGCUUGCUUUUGCGUUCAACUUAAUUUGUAGAAGGUUUCUUAAUAACCAGGCUGUAAUGUUGACAUUGAUAAAAUUUCAAAAUCGUGGACAAAAAAAAAAAAAAUCAGCUGCUGAGAAUUUUACUUGAUCAAGAUCAUCCAUUCCUGCAAUUCUGCUUUCAGCAAUAGAUUUUUUAAUAUAAUCCAAACUUCUCGUGGAAGCUAAAAGGCUGCCGAAUCUCGAGAAUAUUCUCUGACUAAAGACAGAAAGGGAAAAAAAUGGGAGGAGUAUUUUAAAAGGCUUUCAAAUAAAUAAUCAACAACGCAUUUCAAAUGAUUAAGGACGAGGUACUAAGAACUACUGAAUAAUUAGUAUUAUUGUUAGUUAUACAUUUAAAUUUCCUUUUUUUUUUUUUU